CGGACACUCGAGCAACUACAUUUUGCACUUCCUCAUUGGCUUAAUUUUUCAAGACCGGAGGUUGCCACUUGGCAUUGACGGAGCACUGAAGGAGUGCUACACUUUCAAUGUCAUGCUAGUUUUCGAAAAUGACCAACCCUGCCUCUAAGUUUUGUUGUUCUGAAGAUAUUUGUUGCUGCUGUUUCUGCUCUAUAAAAAGCCUUUGACUCUUAGUCAAACAUUUCUAUCUCUGUGGGGAUAUGUUAAACAAAAGAUCAUGUUUAGGUUCCGGUGUGUGAGAAAAGAAAAGUGUGUGUGUGUGUGAGUGUGUCUCAUGUUUCUGUGUGUUGCAGAGCGUUAUCUGAUCCACAUCCCAUUUCCACAGAGAAGCUGAUCCUGCACAACUCUGCAACCAGCACACCAAGAUGCGUUACCUGCUGAUGACUCAGAGCCAGAACUGCUACAGAGAGCAGAUCCAGAAGGAGACGAUGACCCGUUUGGCGUGGAAGAGACGCUAUGCCGAGCAUUACCCUUCCUGCUAUAAUCCUGGAAACACUAGUGCAGAAACCACACAGCUGCCCCAUCAACCUGCAGACCACAGGACUGUUCUUCCUACUGUAACCAGGAAACCUGAGAAGAAGAGUGACCUCUCUCCCCCUCCCCCUCCUCCUCCUGUGGUGUCUUUGGACGAGGAGGGACGGCUCAGUGCCCCCCCCCUAAUGAGACCUGUUUCUCCACAGACAAGAAGCGCUCUCUAUCAGGAAUCCUCUCAUCAUGGGAAAGGGCGCAGUCUGUACCUGCAGAGACGUGGGCAGAUCAGACCUGAGGAGAGGUUUGACUUUCCCGUGCUCUCGUCCUGGGAGUACGGCUGGAGGCUCGGUGACUACACUCUGGAUUACACAACUCCGUCCCGGGCCAAGUCGUCAGUGGUGAAGAACACCUUUUACGCCAGGAACGGUGUGUUCAACAACAAGUCAGCCACCGACACCCUCGGCUGAAGUUCAUACUUCAGACAUGAGUUACCAAGAUGUCCGAGUAGUUCAUGUUUGAGGAUUUAGGUGAUUUUAUGAAAACUGUACGUGCACAAUGUUGGUAGUUUAGAUUAUUCUAAUUUCCUUUCAUCAUUUCAUGUUUGAAUGAUUUUGACGCCAUCUUCCUCCUACAUGAAAAAAGUGGCCUCAGUAUUGUGGUAGAACUGGGCCUGCAGAAAAUCAGCAGAAAGAGAAACCCCUCCGAACCUUGGGACGAGAGUAAAUAAAAGAGACUUUCAGAAACUGUUGAGUUGGUAAGUCACCCAGUUUAUUACAUGCAGCAUGGAGAGAAGUUCAGCUAUGCGUACAGGAUACACAAAGUAAGUUCUCUGCCCGCUCUUGGGGCGUACAAUCUUUAUAUACUUGAGCAUAUAGUGUGAUCGAAACUUACAGAGGAGGAUCAAAGAAAAAGGUGUAGCUUUAUCUGUGUCAGCACCUUGUGGUCAGUGUAUAAAUAUGUGAAUGUAGCAAUAACUUGUCCUUGAGAGUUUGAAGAAGUAGUCCUUAUAAGGAGCUGUUGUUGAGUUUGUGUACGUGAGAUAAAACACCUGUGGUGAGGUGAGUAUCGUGCAAGGUUCGUGUGUUGCAGUGGUCAUAUAAGGACACGGUGCAUGUAUACGUGAUAUGUGUAAUGCAUUGGAUCAGUUAAUGAGCAAACAUAAAAGUAUAAAGAAUAUAAGAUUCCACAGUAUGAAUCCUAUACUUCUUGUUUAACUGUCCGUCCACAACACACACAAGCACACACACACAGGUGUAAGGUUAAGUGUCGGACCACCCGAUACUGUUGGAUUCAUUUUUAAUGAACUUCUGGUUUGGUGUCAUUCAGAGAGUUGUACACCUGACACCUCUGUGUUUUUAUAGAGUCAGCUAGUGCAGGAAAUGUUACACACCACAAUAUUAAUUAUUAAAUGUCUAAUUUCACAAUUCCAUUAUGCUUUCUCUUAAAAUAUCCUGUGUUCAUGUUGAACAUCAAUAUGUUUAUUAAUCAUUACUUAUUGUCAUGAUUGGUUCUUGUUAAGUGUUAUAUUUUGUUAAUUUCAGUGUUUAGAAUUCAUUUCCUGUUUUAUUGUGAAUUGUUCCCUCAUGUUGCUUGUAUGUUGCUCAUGUUCCUGAGUUUAAGCUUUAGUGUUUUCCUGUUUCAUUUUGUAGUUUUUGCUGCCAGUGUUUCUGGUCGAUGGUUACUUACUCCCUCUAUGCGUUUCCCUCCCUUUCUGAUUGCACUCAUUGUCCUCACCUGUGUCUUGUUAAAGGCUGAAUGUGCGACAUUUUACACACAAAUAAAACAGAAAUCCAAUACA